AUCAUAAUAAUCGAGUUUGCCGGAGACAAAAAAGGGAUUGGGUUUAUUACGUAUGGUUCAGAGCAUCACUCAAGGUUGGGAAUAUAGGAAUCCCAUGUUUUUUUCUUUCUUUGCGGUGGAAAUUGAAUCUUGAUUCCUUCAAUUCCAUAAAUAGUAAUACAAAAUGGGUAAAAAGCAAUCCUUGCGGAGCAAAGCAGCAUACUUCGUUUCUGAUCUCACCACUGUUCUUCUCAACCCUAUCUCUGACAACAACAACAACAACAACAACAACAACAACAAACCCUCCAAACCCCCUCCUCCUCCUUCCGAAGAAGAAGUGGGUGAUGAGUCAAAGGGAAGUGAAUCAGAGGAAAAAAAUGAUUUAGUUGAUGGGCCUGAUACUUCAUCCUUCACUGCAUUCCUCUUUUCUUUGUUGUCUUCUUCGGAUUCUGGAGAUAACAAUGAUGGACAGAAUGAUGAUAUAACUGCAGCAUCAGCAUCAGCAGCUGGUGAUGAUCCUUUAUCAGACUCUUCCAUGAAAGAAAAUCUUGUUGUGAAGAAAAGUUUGUUUUCUAGGAGUAAGCAAUCACUUGGUAGAGCCAUCCACCAAGCUGUCAGAAUGGGUGGAUUUCGCAACCAAGACCGGAGAGAUAGUUAUGAAACCAAGUUUGAUGAUGGGCAUGGUGUUGAGAUGAGGCAGCUUCAGCCUGUUAAAGAGCCUGUGGUGGUACCUUUGGUUGAUCAUCUGCCAGAGAUUUCUGAACCUUCAAUGCUUAUUUCAGACAAUAUAAGAAGUGUUGUGUAUGCUUCACUUCCGGCUCUUAUUCAUGGGAGGAAAUGGAUUUUGUUAUACAGCACUUGGAAGCAUGGUAUAUCACUUUCAACUCUUUACCGGAGAAGCAUGAUUUGGCCCGGAAUCAGUUUGCUGGUUGUUGGAGACCGUAAAGGAGCAGUGUUUGGUGGCUUGGUUGAAGCACCUCUUAUACCAUCCAGCAAGAGGAAAUACCAGGGAACAAACAAUACAUUUGUUUUCACAAAUACCUCUGGGCGUCCUGUUAUAUAUCGCCCAACAGGAGUAAAUCGCUACUUCACACUUUGCACCACUAACUUUCUAGCGAUUGGUGGGGGAGGUCAUUUUGCGCUUUAUUUGGAUGGUGAUCUAUUGAAUGGGUCAAGUUCGGUCUCAGAAACUUACGGGAAUCCUUGCCUUGCACAUUCUCAAGACUUUGAAGUGAAGGAAGUAGAGUUGUGGGGCUUUGUAUUUCCCUCAAAGUAUGAGGAAAUAGUGGCAUUGAGCAGAACGGGGGCACCUGGGAUCUGUCGCUGGUAAAUAUCUCUGAAUAUGUUUCAUAUGUUAGUCGAAUGCCUACCAAUUUUAUGGAAUGAUCAUGCUGAGUCGUAAGCCUGGCAAUUUCCAACCAGUAAGGGAUGCAAAGUUGAUAGACAAUGUGAUGAAGAAAUCUUAUGUCUCCACCCAUGUGAUACUAUGUGACAUGCAUGUAAAUAUUUGCAAGGCUGUAUGUACAGAGAUCAUACACAUUACAAAAUGGCCAUUUUUGUGCAGAAUAAAAAUUGGUGCAGAUUUAUGUGCUUGCAUACUUAAAGCAGAUGAAGGAAAACUAAGGAUAACCCUAUGGGGCAAGUAUUUUUUUUUGUUUUUUUAAAGUUAGCUAUCCUGAAAGCCUAGAAUGGAAAUGCUUUAGAAGAAAGUUGUUGUCUUUUACAGCCUGUACAAAAGAUGUUCAGAAGGGAUCUUUUUAUAGGAUGGGCUGUUUCUAUCUCUACCGCUUCCUCAUAUGCAGCAUCAUGAGCACCAAGGGCGGCACGACUAGAGUGUAGAGAGGUCUUGAUUUUUUGGCCAUAUGCUGCAAUCCCAUUCCACAGUUUUCUCAAUCUGCAUGAACACUAGGAUCUCCUGGAACUGUUGUACCAGCAUCGUUCUGCUCAAAUGGUUGAACAUGAUCAGAGGCAGGUUAAGCAGGGUUUAAGUUUAUAAAUAACACACAAAAAGUAUAUAUUUUCUUUUAAGAGCAUGACAAAAUAAAAGAAAAUAUAUAUUUUCUUUUAACUAAAAUAGAAAAUCCACCUUUGGAAGGAGAAUCUCAAAAAUUGUCCUAGCGGUCGUUUUCAGGAUAAACAAAGUUAGCAUGAAUCAGCAUCCGCAUGUAUCCUUGCCAAUUAUCAAAAGAAAAAAGAGGGUAGAAAAAAAGAAAGAAAAGAAGCUAAGGUUAUGUGACCUGGCCAUUUAUUGACGCAAAAUAAAAAGGAGCCAAUGU